AUUGUCAGAGGUGUGUAGAAUGCGUUUGCUUUGGCUUAUGGCAGCGCUGAGCUGCCUGCUAGGCUCCGGAGCUCAGCAAAGUUCCAUCGAUCCGAUUGUUCAAGCAGUCGAUAGACAGAGGAGGAUUUUGCUGCAGAAUCAAACUCAACCGAGGAGCGGUGAAUUCAGCGUCGAUGAAGUAGCCGGUCUGAGUCGUGGGUUCGUCGAUUUCCUAGCGGAGUUCGAUGUCCCGCUGGUUGAAAACGAAGGAGAUAGAAUAUGUGUCAAAACUUUAAGUGACCUUGCUCAGGGCUAUCUGCAACGGCAUCAAUAUGCCCAAGAAUGGUACGAUUCCUGGGGAAAGGUACCGUCUGGACUCUACUACGGAAAUGGUAUGACCUUUGGAAAUUACGACCAGUGCCGGAACUAUCGAUGGGAAAAUGUCAAAGGGCAGCACUGUACCUUUUACUCGUUCCUGCCAAACGAUCUGCCAGUCCUACAAUCCAGCAUCUGUGUACCGCACUUUUGUGACCCGCAAACUGUUCACGAUACAUUUGGGAAGUAUUUAAUGACCAAGGGAGUAGUGCUGUUGGACGUUUUCGAUGCUGAACAACUUUGCCAUCGAGAUCGAUCCGUCGAAUAUCACGGUGGAGUGAUCACUGCUAUCGUCAUAUUUUCCAUCAUUGCGACCCUGGUGUUAGCAAGCACAAUCUACGAGUUCGCCAUGGUAUUCCUGGACCGGGAAGUAAACUCCUUGAUGAGUGCUUUUUCGCUGUACAGAAACAUCCGAAGCAUAAUUCACAUUGCACCGAAGUCGAAAGAUGUUCAAAAGCAACGGGAUACGAUCGAGUGUGUCAACGGUAUUCGAGCUCUCUCGAUGAUUUGGAUCAUCAUUGUGCACGUUCACGAAACUAUGUUGAUCAUACCGGUUGGCAAUCCGCCAGCAAGAACAAACUACAUGUAUACUUUCGUUUCAUCAACGUUUUGGAUAGUAGGAUAUCUGGCCGUGGAUACUUUCCUGGCUCUCAGUGGAAUGUUCGUUGCGAUCAGUAUGCUCAGGGAGUUAGAUAAGAAGCAGAAGUUCAACCCGUUGUGGCUGUAUCUUCAUCGGUACAUUCGUAUAACGGCUCCUCUGGCAGCACUGGUACUGAUUACUGUAUCCCUCACUAUGUACAUGGGUGAAGGAGUCAUGUGGAAAUGGCUGAUAGAUCAAAUGCAGGUCACGUGCUCUAAAUAUUGGUGGUCCACAUUGUUGCACAUACAAAACUAUGUGAACCCCGAAGAAUUGUGCCUAAGUCAUACUUGGUACCUGUCCGUCGAUAUGCAGCUUUACAUCAUUGCACCGGCUUUGAUCUACCCUCUUUGGCGUUACGGCAAACGAGUUCUUUGGGGAAUCGGAUUCCUGGCACUGCUUUCCAUUUUCUGUGUAUUCACAACGUUCAUCGUGAACGAGUUUCGGUUCAACUUUUUCGCCAAUGAAGGAUUCGGAAGAAGUCGCCUCACGUACUAUCCUACCCAUGCCCGGAUGUCAGUCUGGCUGUGGGGACUGAUCUUCGGAUACAUCCUUCACAUAACUAGGAAAAGUGGUGUGACUCUACCAAAAAAAUACUACGCAAUCGGUUGGGCGACGUGCUUAGCAUUACUGGGACUGAUUUGGUACGCCUCGUUCGAGCUCUUUAGUUCGGACCUCAGUACGUUCUCUCUAGUAGCAGAUGCAUUUUUUGAGUCCAUGGGAAGGUCGGUGUUUGCCAUGUGUGUGAUGUGGAUUAUCUUUGCCAGCAUCAACGGCCAAGGAGGGAUCGUGAAUGACAUUUUGAGCGCUGGGAUAUGGCAACCGUUGGCCAAACUGUCCUACGUCAUGUAUCUCAUGCAUACCACGGUCCUGGUGCUGGCUUCCUUGGCAAAUGUGAAGACGGUUCUGCAUUUCAGCUUUGCUGAUAUGUUGUAUCGGAUAUGGGGUGCCAUCGGACUGACAACGACGUUAGCAGUGUUUUGGAGCGCAAUAUUCGAGGUCCCAUUUGUGACACUGGACAAAAUUUUGUUGAAAAGUUGA